ACACACACACACACACACACACCCCUUCUCUCUGGUCCCGGCAUGCCCGCCCCUACCCCUCGGGCGGUCAGCGCCCUGCAGAUCCCUCAGCCGCAAGACGGGGCAAACAGCGCGCCAGAUCGGUCGCCCAUCCGGUCGCGGCCGUCGCUGGCCCCAGAUGCGCAUGUGGUGUCGCCCUUCCUCGGUCGUGCGGACGCCCAGUCCCGGCGGUCGAGCAUCGCCUCGGCCACUUCCUUCUAUGAAGUCGGGCUCAACCAUGCGGCCAUGCUCUGGGGCGGGCAGACGCCGCAUCUGAAUGAUUUGCGCUUCGACUCGGCCAGCCAGCUGGAUAGCCUGCACUAUUUGAACAUCGCGGUGGUGCCCUUCUCGGCCUCACCGCCGGGGCAUACCGCGCCGGACUUCCUGGCCGCCCCUUCCUCCUCGAGCUGGGUGUCAUUCUCGGAUUUCGCCGAGAUCCUCACCGAACAUUGGUCCAUGGAUCCGAGCCAUGCACGGGAUGACAUCAACCACCCGAGCAAUGGCUUCCUCUAUCGGGACUUCCUGCCGACCCCGCGCGCGGACGACGCGUCGGAUCUGCUGGCCAGCGCCUUUGCCGGCCGCGGACCGACGACCGGCGGCUCGGAGGCCUCGUCCUCCGGGGCCGCGGCCACUACCGGGUCCCAGCGCCGGGCGGUACAGCCGCCGUCCAGUGGGGCGCGCCGUCGGGCGGGCGGCGCCCCGGCCGGCCCGGGCCCCCAGCCCCCGCCGGCCCUCGGUACCCAAUUGCAUCCGGGCAAUCCGCAUGCCAUGGGCAAUGUCAAGCUGCGCUUUUGGAUUGGGCCAGGCUUCGUGGACAGCGUCAACUCCGGGAACUCCUACGUCGGGGGUGCUCGCAUUAAUGAGGGGGUCUGGCAGCAGGUGUUUGCCCACCGGCGCUUUGUGGCUGCAAUUGGUGUGUUGGAUUUGGCACACACCGAGGACGUUCCCUCGGCCCUGGACAAGAUGAAUGCCUUCUUCAAUGACAAUUUCCCGUACCUCACGACGGCCAAGAUCAUCGGCAUCAAUGCCCCGGUGGGGUUCCGGUCGACCGGGCAGCACAAUGUCAUCUUCCUGGACCAGGCCCUGAAUGUCGGGAGCGGGGCCCUAGACGAGCAGUACUCGGAGGAGGACCGGCCGGACAAUCAUGCCAAGGCGGCGGCCCGAUUCCCGCUGCUAUUCAGCCACCUGGCCCCGAUUGUGGAGGACCUGGCCGGGAUGCUGUACAGCAACCUGGCCGGCCAGGCGUACGCCGCCUUCCACCGGAUCCACGACCUGGCCACCUGCCAGGAGCAGGGUCAGGUCCCCGGGGCGGGGCUCCUGGACCCGCCCUUCAUUGUGCCGGUGGAUGCGGACUUCCUCGCGCCGACCGGGGCGCCCGUUCGCCCGGGGAUGCCGGUCUUCAAGAAGAUGACCUACGAGGACCGGGUGCGGCUGCGAGCCUGCCGCGUGUAUGCCGACCUGCUGGCCAGCUGUGGGCAUAUCCUGCCGGCUUUCGAGGUGUAUACGCAUCUGAUCGAGGAGACGCGCGGCCUGCCGGAUCCGAUCACCAUUGCCGGCGCCCUGGAGGGCUGGCUCUAUUGCAUUAUUCAGGCAUUUGUGGAGAUUCGCGAGGACUAUACCCCGGCUGCGCGGCAGAAGCAUGGUGACAUGGCCACCCUGCGGAAGCGCAUCGCCAAAGCCAUUCAGGACACAUGCCGCCUGGUUUUCAUCACCCUGCAGGGCCUUCUGCCCCCGGCCCCGGGAUCCAGCGGCGGUGGCAUGUUCAGCUCGGAUCUCCUGCAGCCGGCCAUCUUUUCGCCGGUCAUGCAGCCACGCGGGGGCGCGGGCCGAUUUGAUGCGCCCCGACCGCGUGCCGCAUCGUCCAGCAGCUCGGCCCUGUCAACCAGCAGCAUGGGCAUGACGAAUGCAAGCGGGCCACACUCCACGUCGGCCUGGUCUUCGGUCCUGUCCCUGACGUCCGGCUCGGGCGGAGUCCUGCCUGGCUCCUCCGCAUCUUCGGUCUCGGGCAACCCCUGGUUCGGGGAAGACGACUUCCUCUCGGGCCCGACACAGCGGACCCGGUCCAGCCAGCGGGCCGCGCUGCACCCCCUGCGUACAUCCACCCCGGUGCCCUUCCCCUCCGGGGUGACUGCUUGCCCAGACAAGAGCGAGCCCUUCUCCAUCCUGCUGGCCGAGUCGAUGCUGCGCUUUGCCCGGGCGGCUGGUCGUUUUGGUGGGCUGGACUUCGCCCGGGCCCUGGUCCGAGAGCUUGGUGAUCAGGUGUGGCAACUCCGGCCACUGGAUUAUGCCACCCUGCACUUGCAAAUCUCCGAGCUCUAUCGGAGCCCCCUUCGUGCCACCAAGCGCCAAUUCCUGCACUGCUACUUUUCGGCCUCAGUCUUGAAGAACAGUGCCACGACGGUGGGCCAAUUUUGCGCGGCAUACGACUGCCUGGCUUCACUGGGGACCUUCUUCCGCCUGAGGUGUCCCUCGCUGUCGGAUGUGCCAGCCGAUCAGCAGAGCACCCCCGCGCCAUCCGAGAAUGCCGGGCACUUGACGACCGGCUUCGAGCCUGAGGAUGGCACGGAUGGCCAGCCAUCGCUCAUUGAGCAGAUGCUGUCUGCGCAGCAGGAGGGCAUGGGCCUGGCGGCCGGCUUCUUUCAUCUGCGAAUGCUGCUGCUUUUCGACCUGGCCGAGAUGUGUGCCACUCUCAGACAUUCCACCCUGGCCGUGUAUUACAUUGGCCUGUUGCUGAAGCUUCAUCAUGAUCACAUUGACCUGGUGGAGCAGCAUGAACUGCAGAAGAACCUCCUCCGGCUCAUCAGCACGGCAACCCCCCCUCAGGCGGGCCCGGCGCUCGCGGUCACCUUCAACUCACUGCCGGAGCUGGUGUCCGCUGGUUUCCUUCCCUCGCCGGAAUCCUUUGCUCUGGUCUCGACACGCAGUUCGCCGGGCUCCUCUCUUUCUCGAAGCCCGGAGCUUGGGGAGCCUUUCUUCUUCAACCCCUUCGCCAAGAAGGGCCAGUCUGAGGCGACCCCGGCGGUGCCGCAAUUCGGUGCUGAUGAGACCAUUCGCGUGCAUGUGGUCCUGUCGAAUCCCUUGCUCGUGCCGAUUGAGAUCCAAAGCCUGCGCCUUGAAACCUCGGGGCUGCCAUUCGACGCGCAUGUGUCCGUCAAUGACGUGCUCUAUCCCCAAACCACCUCGAAGGGGAUUGUCCUCACGGGCCGCGUUGCCCACUUCCCGGACUCGGUUGGCCCGGAGAAGUUGCACAUCCUUGGCGUCGUGAUCCGAGCCUUCGGCGUUGAGCGCCUGCAUGCUCUCCCCGGAGCGACGCCCAUCACGGCGAAUGUCGUUCCCCCGCUGCCAUACCUGCGCGUGACCUCCGUCUCGGACUUGUGCUCGGGGCAGCGGCACUUUUAUGGGGCGCCUUCGCCACUGGCCGAUGUCGAUCCCAAGGCGGUCACCGGCCCGAAGGAUGACAUCCAGCUUCCGGCCUUCCUGUCAUCGAUCGAGCUUUUCGAGGGACAACUCUUUGGCGCGGUUUUCGAGUUGGAAAAUCAGAGCACCCUGCCACUGAAGGCCAGCUGUGUGACCGCCACCUUCGAAGCCGACACCCUGGACCAGGCGGAGUCAGCGACGGACUUCUUUUUCAACCGGGCAUAUGAGCCCCUGGCUGGGGUGUCUCUCCUGGACCGGGCCCCGAGCCCGGGGGGCCUGGAGCGGCAUGCCCAGGCGACGGGCUCUUGGGCUUCGGAGGCACGCACGUCCAUUCCCUUCCGUGGGCGGUCCUUCCUGGUGGUCCUUCUUCGCGGUCGGCCGGGACUCACAGGCGGCCGGGUGAUCGUGCGGUACACCACCGGGCCCGAGGAGGCGCCAGACGUCGGCAGCGGGACCCCAGGCGGCGGGGAUCGCCCCCAGCGUCAGAUCACCCUCCGCAUGAAUGUCACCGUCAGGCCGCUGGUCCGGUAUCGACUGCGUAGCUGCCUGCCUGCGGCGCUCUAUCUGCACGAGGCACCGGAGACGCAGGCCUCCGCUGCGGCUCCGGUCCACUGGCCGGAUGUCGGGGCGGAAGUGGUGUCCAAUCCGGCAGCCGCGCUGACGGCCAUGGCCGCGCACCACCAACAAGUGGUGGCGCCCCUGGCUGGAGCCGGGGGGGACAUCAGAAACGACAUCAGCCUCCUGGAGUUGGAUUUGUCGGCCUCAGCGCGCCCGGAGCCCGGGCCGCCGGUGAUGGCCUGCCUGCAGUUGCUUCCCUUUGGGCCGCCGCCGGAAGGGGCUUGCUCGCACGGGUGCCUCGCCAGCGGCGGUGACCGCAGCAACACCAAUGACAAUCUUGGCUCGGGGCGGGCCGGCCUCUUUGAGAGCAGGCAAUGCCUGGGUUUGGAAGGGAUCCCGACGCUCGGCCGGGCGCACGGCUGGUCGGACGCGUGCGACGUGUGUGCGCGCUUCCUGUGGCGCAUCCGUCUUCCUCUUUCCUCGGGCACAAGCACGCGUCUCUACUUGCCGAUCUUGCGGAUUCACAUCACCGACCAGGAUAUCCUGCACCCGGUGCCACUCCUGGGUCGGCAGUUCAUUCGCUCGGCCAAGUCCACUUUCGAUGACGCCAUGGAGCGUGCCCAAUUCUGGUCGCUGGCCUGUUUGCUGAACCGGCGCCUAUUGGGAGCAGACUUCUCCCUGUCGCGGGCGUGCUCGGGCAAGAUCCACUUCGGCCGGCUGCGUUUCGCCCCGCUGGACAUCCGCUCACUUCGGCGUCCGGCCAGCGCAGUGACCUUCGCCCUGGCGGCGGCCCAGUCGGACAAUCGGGAAACCGGAGACCGGAGUGGGCUUCUCCCGGUCCGACGUCUGUCGGCAGCCAGCUACCAGCAGGAGACCCUCUCUUUCCAGGUGACGCUCGACCAGUGCAUGGCCCACUGCCAGCUCUUGCCCCUGUGGCUGGAGGUGCAUGCCCUUCCGGCCAACACCGGGGACGAUCUGUUUGGAGGCGCUGCCGAUGUCGACCGGCCGCAUGUGGCCUUGUCGCUGGCGCGCUCGACCUCGGAUCGGGUGGUGAUGAUUGGCGAUGCGUCGGCGCUCCUGCCGGCCGAGGUGCGCGUCGCCACGGCUGGCGAUCACUUCCGGCCGGAACUGCGCGAUGCCUUCGAAGUGGAGGAGGAGCAGCGGUCCGGUGCCGGGGGCGGGGCCGCCGGGCGUGGCGCGGCCGGCCGCGACGCGUGUGCCGAAGCUCAGCCGCUUGAUCCGGCGCGGCAGCCGGCCGCCGCCAGCCAGGCCAUCGACCUGAUGUUCCUGGCCCCGGGUCGGUACCACAUCAUCCCGCGGCUGGUGUACCGGACCGCCGGGCAGCCAUCCACCCGCAUGCAGGUGGAUCCCCAAGCCCUGGCGCGUGAAUUGAAGCUGCCGAAGAAGGACCUGGCCCUGCUGAAGGAGAGCCUCGAUCGGGACAGUGUGCGCGAUGCGCGGCACAUCCUGUCGCCGAUUGUUGUUGGCUCCACGGUCCUUGUUGUUGUCGAUUGACGCCGGUCGGGACACAUGCAUUUUGGAGUGCGCCAGUCGCGGAUGUCAGCCGCCUUUCCUGUGACCGCCAGCACUGGGGCCGGUCUCCUCUUUCCGCGUUUCUUUUUUUUCUUUUUUUUUUUC